ACCUUGCGCGUCUUCUCCACGCUGUCCACGAAGAUGACCACCGCGGGGUUCAUCCGUGCAGCGGACUUAACGCUACCGUGACCGACCAACCCCCCCACGGCCAGGCCAAAGUCCUCCACGGAACACGCGAAGCACGGCGCGAGCUUCAAGCCGUGCUUCUGUGUUAGCCCCGUGAGGUCCAUCUGUGCGUGCUGCACGCCGAUCUGCUACAAACACGCACAAAUUAAGACAGACAGAAACCAAAAUCACACACACACACAACCACACAUUCACACUAAAAGAUCCGAAAUUAAACGAAAUUACAAUCAAACAAUUCACCUCACGCCACGCUCCGUUCACUCCGCACUCCUUCCACUUAGAGAGAGAGAGAGAGAGAGAGAGAGAGAGAGAGAGAAAGAGAGCACAGUAGGUUUACCACCCCCCAUAUUUGCGGGAUUUUUGGUGAACAAGUGGAGAGGAUAACAUCAAACUCAGACAUGUACGGGUUUAUCAACAGCUGCCUACAGUCUCUGGUAAUGGACAGGUUUGGCGAGGACACCUGGGACAAACUCAGUUCUCUCCCAGGGGUCCAGGAUUCCUUCAUGACCUACAUGGUUUACGAUGACAAGCUGACCCUAAAAUUGGUGCAGGAGGCCUGUUCUCUGCUGGAUGUCUCUGCUGAGGUGUUUCUGAAGCUUUUUGGAGAGCAUUUCUUUUUGUUCUGUAAGAAAGCAGGCUAUGACACCAUGCUGAGGACCCUGGGAGGAAAUCUCAUUGAAUUCAUUGGAAAUCUGGAUGCUCUCCACAGUUACUUGGCUCUGUCCUAUCAGGAAAUGAAUGCGCCGUCUUUCCGAGUGGAGAUGACCGACGAUGCGAAGAUGCUACUUCAUUACUACUCUGACAGGAAGGGCUUGUACCACAUUGUGCCUGAGAGUGUGCACUGCACCUUCACUCCAUGUUACCCGGACAAGCUGUGGGUGGAAGAGAAGGCUUUUUGCAAUGCGUUUCCCUUCCAUAUGGUGUUUGAUGGGGACCUGAAGGUAAAACAGAUGGGGGUGAAAAUACAAAAGUUUCUUCCAAGUCUACAUGCCAGAGAUGCUACUAUGGACCAAAACUUCACGAUUUUGCACCCACAGGUUACUUUUACUAUUGAAAGCAUUAUGAAAUUCAUCAACAGUCAGUUUGUCUUGAAGAGCUGCAAAGAUAAAAACACCAGGCUCCAACUAAGAGGUCAGAUGCUGUGGAUGGAGUCUCUUGGCUGUAUGUUGUACCUGUGUUCUCCGAAGCUACGAAGCCUUCAGGAGCUCCAAGAGGUUGGCCUCCACCUGGCUGACCUGGCCCAGCACGAUGUUACCAGAGACUUAGUUCUCCUCAAUCAGCAGCGUCUAGCAGAGAUGGAGCUCACUAACCAGCUGGAAAGGAAAAAGGAGGAACUGAGAAUUCUGUCGCAGCACCUGGAGAAUGAAAAAGAGAAGUCAGAAACUCUGCUGUAUGCAAUGCUGCCACGUCACAUAGCCAAUCAGCUCAAAGAUGGAAGGAGCGUAAAGGCGGGGGAGUUUGAAGUGUGCACCAUUUUAUUCAGCGAUGUGGUGACCUUCACAAGUAUCUGCGCUGCCUGUGAGCCUAUCCAAAUUGUUCACAUGCUCAACUCCAUGUACUCCAAGUUUGACCGACUCACCAGCAUACAUGACAUCUACAAGGUCGAGACUAUUGGUGAUGCAUACAUGGUGGUGGGUGGUGUUCCAGUGCCGACAAAAAGCCAUGCUCAAAGAGUGGCAAACUUUGCUUUAGGUAUGAAGUUAGCUGCCAGAGAGGUCUACAACCCUGUGACUGGUAAACCAAUACAGAUCCGUGUGGGUGUCCAUACUGGUCCAGUUUUAGCUGGGGUGGUGGGCGAGAAGAUGCCUCGCUACUGCCUGUUUGGAGACUCUGUUAACACGGCCUCUAGGAUGGAGAGUCAUGGAGUCCCCGACCACAUUCACCUCAGCACUUCAACAUACAGUGCUUUGAAGGAUGCUGGAUUCAGCAUUCAAGAGCGUGGGCAGAUAGAGGUAAAGGGUAAAGGACAGAUGACUACUUACUUCCUGAUGGGGAAUCUGCUGGUCUCAGAAGAUAGCAUCAUGGGCAGAGCAGGUGGACAGACCUGUAUUUACAGAGAUGAUCUCUAUGAUCAGAGUCAAAAGGAGUCUGAUAGAAAGCCUGGUGAGACAACUGUAACUGUUCUAAAAGACUCAUGUUCCGAAGGAUGCGUGGACCCGGACCUCAGCCAGCUUUGCCCAAUAGCUCCCUUUGCCUGGGACAUCAGUCUACCAUUUGAGACCAACAAGAACCGCUGCAACAAAUCAACAAGCAGCUUUCCAAGCAAACUGUGUGCCUUACUCUGAGAGCACACUGGGCCUCAUUUAGCUCAACGUUAUCACAGCUCCAAUAGAUUAAAAGGGAAAACAUGAGUAUCAGCGAGGGUUGCAAAGGGGCGAAAACUAAAAGUUAUGAAAUCAUUAGGAACCAGCUAAAGUGAAAUCAUACGCACCUCAGAUAGUUUAAUUAUCAACUGUGUAACCUUCAAUGUAAACAAUAUAGCAACAAAUCCAUCCCUCCAUUGACUAACUAUAUGAACUAACACUGUAAAGGUGGAUAAUACCUUGGAGUUGACCAUAGCUACUGGCUGGCAUCCUUAAUCCUGUGGUGACUGUAAAACAUUUAGAACAGAGGUACGGGGGGUGGGGGAGGGUUGCAAAAUCUUUGAUAAAAAAAUCUUAAUUUUUUUAGUGUCUUCAGAAUCAAAAUUGUAUUUAUUUUCUUUAAAUACACAAUGUAGCUACACAUCAGGGGCAGACAUCUCAAUAAUGUGGGAGUAUAAGUGCCAUCCAAAGAUGCUUGAGGAUUAAAUGUCCCUUCUAUAUGUAUGUUAAACUAAAAAAAUAAAUCUGUGAAUUCUUUGAAUAAGUUGGUAUUAAUUGUUAGCUCAGUGUUGUAUGCAAUAUGUAUGAUUAUAAAUGGCAGUGGCACG